AAGUAUAUAUGUCGUGAUAUCCUGCUGUGUCUUGUACCCCUGAUAUGACGCAUGUUUAAGCUGCUAUGCAGAUCCUCACCGGAUGUGCUUUAUUUUGACAGCGGCGGGAGGAAAUAUUAUUACCUGGUUCCUUGUAGCUUGACAGUGGCGACAGCGCAGAGCUGCAAGUGGAAAGUCAAAUACAUCUUUGCGCUUCUGGCUUUUUGCACAAAAUGAGAGGAAAUGCGAGUUUUUGCCUAUGUGAUCACAGCAGACACGAGUUUAGACCCUGAUCGUGUGUGUGACUGACACGACUCUGAAACUGAAGCUGCACUUGUGAGAAUUAUCAGUUAAUUGGGCCAUUCAGGAACUGUAAAAAAGGAGGAAGACGAAGAAGUGAUGGAGGACCCGUUACGAAAUUAACCCAGAACUUAAAAAAAUGACGUUGAUUUUAAAUAAGGCGGCUAAGAGCACGUUUUAAAUGACCUACAACAUUUAACUGAGAUUCUUUUUUUUAAUUUAUUUUGCUUUACCAUGCGUAACAGAUGGAUACGCCGGAGGUUGCUUGUCUUAAUUUUCACCUUCUUCAUCAUUCUCUACGUGGAUUUUCAGCUUCGAACCAGCAGCCUUCCCAAAGUUAUAGUGGUUCACCAUCCAUCACCCGGUGCGAUCCACCACCGGACCAUCCAGCAGGCUACCUUCCUGGUCAGGGACGCGCAGAACCCGGCGAAAAGUACCAGAAGCAGCGGGGAUACAGCAUUGGCCGAUGGAGGUCGCUCGGUGCCCGAGGACGCACAUGUCAGCCAGCCCGAACUGAAGGUGGAGGACGUCUACAUAGCUGUGAAAACCACCGGGAGGUUCCACAAGACGCGCCUCGCGCUUCUUUUGGAGACCUGGAUCUCCAGAACCAAAGCGCACACGUUCAUUUUCACAGACACAGAGGAUGUGGACCUAACUUCAGAAGGUUAUAACAUGGUGGUAACAGACUGCCAGUCUGAUCACAGUCAGCAGGCUCUGUCCUGCAAGAUGUCUGCAGAGUACGACGGUUUCAUGGCCUCAAACAAGAGGUGGUUUUGUCAUGUGGACGAUGAUAACUACGUCAACCCAGAAGCUCUCCUCUCGCUGCUGUCAGCCUUCCCCCAGGAAGGUGACAUCUACGUGGGCAAGCCGAGCCUGGACAAGCCCAUCACUGCUCAUGAACUGCUGGAGGGCAACGCAACGAGGGAGGUGCAGUUCUGGUUUGCAACAGGUGGAGCAGGCUUCUGCCUGAGUCGAAGACUGGCAGAGAAGAUGGCUCCAUGGGCCAGUGGCUCCCAGUUCAUGAGAACUUCAGCUAAGAUCCGUCUUCCUGAUGACUGCACUGUGGGCUUUAUUGUGGAAAAGCGACUGGGAAUCUCCAUGGUCCACUGUCCUUUAUUCCACUCACACCUGGAAAACCUGCUGCUCAUCAGCCAGAGAAGCAUACCACAGCAGGUGACACUGAGCUAUGGGAUAUUCGAGAAUAAGAUGAACAGCAUCGAGGUAAAAGGGAGCUUCUCGAAGGAGGACGAUCCCUCCAGGUUUAAGACUGUCCACUGCAUCCUGUAUCCCCUCACCAGCUGGUGUCCAUGAGUACCCCCUAAAGACGACCACAUCCAAGCACCUGAGACAAAGCUGGUAUCCAGCUGAAUGUAAUAUUUUACCUUUACCUGCAGAAAAAUGGACCGAUUCAUUUUGGUGGAGCAAUUCUGGAUGCAGAAGGAAUAACGGUGACUCAGACUUAUCUGUGUUCCACAACGCCUCACCUACCACUGAUCAACACAGACUGUAAAAGAGGGAUCUAGACAUCUGUUUUUGGACUUCCAUUCCGAAGACAUGAUUUAAUGUUUGGCCAUUGUUGUGUUCGUCUUUUAGAGCCACAAGAGAAGAGGGUGAAAUUCAGAAAUUAGGCGCUAAUGUAGCAAGCUUAGUUAGCAAGGCUGGUCCACUGAGUCUAUAGGAAUUUCUUUUACUUAUGUAUUAAUCACAUUAUUUUAUUGUAUGAUGCCUUGGUGCCACUGGAUUUUUAAACA